GUGUUUGUAAAUCAUGACAUCGAGCCAAUCGUUAUGGCGCCAAAUUUUUUUGUGCUGUUAAUAUUUAAUUUAAGAAAAUAUAAAACUACUCUAGUGAAAAUUAUUGAGUAACACAAUACUUACAGUAGUCAGUAUUUUAUUUACAGUUAUCACGUCUUCACAAAACUAUUAUAUAGGUUUAGUUUAUAUUGUGCAGUGAAUUGUACAACGUAGACAAGGAUCAUGUCAUUGCACUAACUUCCGUUGGAGGUAAAUUCAAAUUAUAUUAUGGCAGAGGUAGGGUAGGGUAGGAUUUUUUGUCUGCAUUAAAUAUGUACAGUUAUCGUUUGUUCUUUUAAUCGGUAAACUGAUAACAGGGAUUGUUAAAAUAGAUUUUGUUAAUUCAUUAUUUAUUCUUAUUAAUUGCAACGUAGCUCUUGAAAGAAUAAACAUAAAUAACAAAGUUAUAAUUAUAGAUCAGUUUAUAUAAAUUUUUUGAUUUUAUUUGGGCUGAAAUCAUUUAUUUCCAAUGAAAAGAAAAAUGCAAGAUAUUGAGCAUAAAUAUUAGUGAUAUAGUGUAGUGAUAGAAAAAUUGUUCUAUAUUUCUUAAAUAUUCUUUUAUAGCUAUUUACUACAACCACGGGAAAACAUUUCUUAUUACAAAACGAUAACCUCAAUUUUAUUCUGUAAACAACGUGUUUUUUAAAGUUACAUUCGUUAUCUUUUAUUGCACUAAGUAAUAAUGGCAGAUGAAGAUGAUACCAAAGAGUAUCGGUGGGAAACUGGAUACGAAAAGACUUGGGAAUCUAUUAAGGAAGAUGACGAAGGAUUUUUACAGGCAAGUGUAGCUGAUAUUGUGCAAAGGGCGAAAAGAAAACGACAAUCCCUUAAACAUGGUAGUCAAAAGUUAGGAAUGAUGAGACAUUUAUUUAUACUUUUAGAUUGUUCAGAGUCAAUGUCUAGCCAAGAUCUGAAACCAACACGACUUAUUUGUACAUUGAAACUCGUAGAGAUGUUUCUUGAGGAAUUUUUUGAUCAAAACCCAAUUAGCCAGGUAGGAAUCAUACUUAUGCAAAACAAAAGAGCUGAAAAAAUUAGUGAAUUAGCAGGGAAUUGUAGGAAACACAUAAAAGUGAUUAAUAGUUUGAAUAGAACUAGUUUGCAAGGUGAGCCAUCAUUACAAAACGGCUUGGACAUGGCCAUGUCUUCUCUUAAAUUAUUGCCUGCACAUGCUAGCAGAGAAAUAUUAGUAAUAAUGGGUAGUUUGACCACAUGUGAUCCAGGAGAUAUUACAAAAACUAUAGAUGUUUUGAAACAGGAAGGAGUAAGAUGUUCAGUUAUAGGUUUAGCUGCCGAGGUACAUGUUUGCAGACUAUUGGCGGAUCAAACUAAUGGUACUUAUAAUGUAAUCUUAGAUGAUAUUCAUUUCAAAGAUUUGCUAAUGCAGCAAGUUGAUCCACCUCCUGCUGCAAUGUGUCUUGAAUCAAACUUAAUAAAAAUGGGAUUUCCACAUCAACUCAAUGUUGAAGGGUCAGAGGAGCCUCUUACUAUGUGCAUGUGUCAUGUGGAUAGCUCAGAUGAUGGAAGUAAGCUGACAACUGGAGGUUAUUAUUGUCCACAGUGUUAUAGCAAAUAUUGUGAACUUCCUGUAGAAUGUAGAGCUUGUGGCUUAACUUUGGUAUCAGCUCCGCAUUUAGCAAGAUCUUAUCAUCACCUAUUUCCAGCAGCUAAUUAUAUCGAAAUUAAUUUUGAUAAUCAAGUGAAUGGUUGUUUUGCAUGUCAAAGGAUUUUAGGAGAAGCAGAUAAACAGGUCUACAAUUGUCCAAACUGUAAAAAAAUAUUCUGUAUAGAUUGUGAUAUAUUCAUCCACGAAACAUUGCAUACUUGUCCAGGAUGUGCCACAAAUCCAUCAACAUUUCAAAUUGCUCUUACAACUUAACAGAACAAUUUUGGUAUAAUUUUUUGAGUAAAUAGCGCAUCAGUUGUGUGAUUUAAUCCUUGUGAUAUGUCUAAAAGAGACUAAUAUUAAAUUGUAUAUAAUAAAUAGGAUAUAAUAAAAAAAUAUCUGUUGUA